CGGAUAGAAACGCACAACUUGGUGCAUUUGAAGAAUCUUUUGGCUUGAACUGACCCGCACGAGAGUCCUCCAUCAUGCCGCGUAUAAUGAUAAAGGGUGGUGUGUGGCGAAACACCGAGGAUGAGAUUCUCAAGGCCGCCGUAAUGAAGUACGGCAAAAACCAAUGGUCUCGGAUUGCGUCACUGCUGCACCGCAAGUCUGCCAAGCAGUGCAAAGCCCGUUGGUAUGAGUGGCUGGACCCGAGCAUCAAGAAGACCGAAUGGUCUCGCGAAGAGGACGAAAAACUGCUCCAUCUGGCCAAGCUGAUGCCGACGCAAUGGCGUACGAUUGCACCCAUCAUUGGCCGCACCGCGGCCCAGUGUUUGGAACGGUACGAGUAUCUGCUGGAUCAAGCACAGCGCAAGGAGGAGGGUGAAGAUGGAAUGGACGAUCCGCGCAAGCUGAAGCCCGGAGAGAUAGAUCCUAACCCGGAGACAAAACCAGCGCGCCCGGAUCCGAAGGACAUGGACGAGGAUGAGCUCGAAAUGCUUUCGGAAGCGCGAGCACGUUUAGCCAACACUCAGGGCAAAAAGGCGAAGCGUAAGGCACGGGAAAAGCAGCUCGAAGAAGCUCGCCGGUUGGCCGCGUUACAGAAGCGUCGGGAGCUUCGAGCAGCAGGUAUCGGAUCCGGCAAUCGGAAGCGUAAGCUAAAGGGCAUCGACUACAAUUCGGAAGUUCCCUUCGAAAAGGCUCCGGCCCCUGGGUUUUAUGACACUACCGACGAGUUUGUAGUUCCGAUAGCGACGGAUUUUUCGAGUCUGCGCCAACAGACGCUCGAUGGUGAGUUGCGCACGGAAAAGGAAGCUCGCGAGCGGAAGAAGGACAAGGAAAAGCUUAAGCAGCGCAAAGAGAACGAUGUACCGACGGCCCUCUUGAAAAACCAGGAACCGGCCAAAAAGCGAUCGAAGUUAGUGUUGCCAGAGCCACAAAUUUCGGACCAAGAGUUGCAACAAGUCGUCAAGCUGGGCCGUGCAAGUGAGAUAGCUAAAGAGGUAGCAUCAGAGAGCGGCGUCGAAACUACGGACGCACUUCUGGCGGACUAUAGCAUCACUCCGCAAGUGGCCGCUACACCACGCACACCAGCACCGGUGACGGAUCGCAUUCUGCAAGAGGCACAAAAUAUGAUGGCCCUAACGCACGUGGAAACGCCUUUGAAGGGCGGCGUGAACACUCCGCUGCAUCAGUCUGACUUCUCGGGAGUGCUGCCACAAAGUCAGACAGUCGCUACACCCAAUACUGUGCUUGCGACCCCAUUCCGGUCGGUUCGCGGUGCCGACGGUGGGGCCACCCCAGGAGGAUUUUUAACUCCAGCCUCGGGUGCAGUUGUACCAGCCGGUUCCGCGACUCAGCCGCAUUUGCCGGGGACUACGCCGAAUUUCUUGCGCGACAAGCUGAACAUUAACACAGAGGACGGCAUAAGUGUGGCAGAAACACCGGCCGCAUACAAAUCAUACCAAAAGCAACUGAAGUCCACGCUAAAAGACGGACUUGCUUUGCUGCCGACGCCGCGGAACGACUAUGAAAUUGUGGUGCCCGACAAUGAAACAGAUGAACCAACGGACGACGGGGCACUUGUGGAACAGAUGGUUCCGGAUCAGUCCGAUGUCGAUUCAAAGCGUAAAAAGGACAAACUGGCGCUAGAGGCGAAAGAACUGUCGCUACGUUCGCAGGUAAUUCAACGUGAACUUCCGAGACCAUUGGAAAUCAACAACACCGUCCUGCGUCCGACAAACGAAAUGCAUGGACUAACGGACCUUCAAAAGGCCGAGGAGCUCGUGAAGCAGGAAAUGGUAAAGAUGCUCAACUACGACGCACUGCGCAAUCCAAUACAGCAGGCAGCGGGGCCAUCGGGCAAACGUCCUCCUUUGAGUCAGUACCAGGCCUAUCUGGAUCAGCACCCGUAUGAGGAGAUCGACGAAAGUGAGCUGGAAGAAGCUCGCAGUAUGCUCACAACAGAGAUGCUAGUAGUGAAGAACGGUAUGGCGCACGGUGACCUAUCGCUAGAAAGCUACACGCAAGUGUGGCAGGAAUGCUUGUCGCAGGUGUUGUACCUUCCGAGUCAGAACCGUUACACGCGUGCCAAUUUGGCAAGUAAAAAGGAUCGUAUUGAGUCGGCAGAGAAGCGCCUUGAAAUCAAUCGAAAGCACAUGGCUAAAGAAGCGAAACGAUGUGGGAAGAUUGAGAAAAAGCUCAAAAUCCUCACAGCGGGAUAUCAGGCUAGGGCCCAGGCCCUGGUAAAGCAGCUUCAGGACACCAACGAGCAGAUCGAACAAAACUGUUUGGCGCUGUCGACGUUCACAUUUCUGGCCGCUCAGGAAGAUCUUGCGAUUCCGAAGCGCUUAGAAUCGCUCACAGAGGAUGUCAUGAGACAGACGGAGCGCGAAAAAGCACUACAAUCUCGGUACGCGCAGUUGGCGGAUGAACUUGAAAAUAUGACACGCCGCGUUGAAGAUGCGCGCGUGAAUGGCAUCGAUCACGACGGGGAUAGUACACCACGGAUUAAUGGUAGUCACCAAGAAGACGAUGAUGAAGGUCAAGACGAAAGCAUGAAGGAUGUUGUAGAAGAAGGCAAUCGUAAUAUGGCCGAAGUUGUUGAAGAGAUAGCAGAAACCGAUAAUGGACAGCAGCAGCAGGAACCACAAGAACAACUCCUACAAGACAAUAGUGAGUCACAGGACGGUCAGGGACCAAGUGAUGAAGAAACGGAUCGAGAGAGCAAAAGCGAGGAAAGCUCUCGUGACUCAGUUCCGGAGCCACCGGCAGACGAAGUUGAACCAAUGGAGCAAGACGCUGAAGGCAGUAACGACAACAGCAGCGAAGAUCAGAACUAAAACGAAAUAUGCUGUAAAACAUAAUAAGCUUACU